ACAAAAAUUACAUGUGAUCGCGGUGAAGCCGAGGUCGAGGAUUACGUACAUGACUGUUCGUAUGUACGUAUAUAUAUACUUACAUCUUACUUAUAAGCGUCUUAUCUGCUCGCGUAACCGCAAUAAGUAUUCAGUGUUUAAGUGUUUAGUUUAGUUGUUUCUACAUGUACGUAGAGUACACCUCUACUACAACUAAGACUAGGGGGGAGAGGAGUGAAAAGAAUAUAGCGAAGCUCCUAAUAGACGUAUUAUUAUUGUGCAAGCGGACGACAGCGAUAAUAUGACAGCGUUAUCAAAAGAAAAGCCGCCACCACUGAUAAGAUCGUGAGCAUUAUCUAGCUACGAUUACUCGUGUGUGCUUGGCUUGUGUAUACGUGUUUACCUGCUGGCCGGCGGGCAGCAAGUGUAACGAAUGCGAUGAUUUGAGUCUUUAGAGCCACCUGUGCCCAGUGCCAGGGCUCUCUUAUUUUGUCUCGUCUCCUGCUCGGAACACUGCUUUUGCUGCUGCUGGCUGUCGUUUUGCUACUUGGGAGAAUCAUUGGAGGGUUUGUCCUCUCCUGGGAGACGUGUCAGUCGUUGUCUAAAGCAAUAUUAGCAGCCUCAAGAUGAGCUCCAAACAUAGUCCUGCCAAAGUCACCUUAAGCAUGAUUAAGGGAAAGCCAAUAACGAUGUCUGUACCCGUGAUACGCUAUCAUGCCAGCGAUGACGAGCUGGAGGAGCUCUAUUCUUUUGCGGAUGAUGACAAACGUUCAACGCCAGAGUCAGAGAAAACUUCUCCCAAGCUAAGUCCAAGAAAGAGUCGUAUUACUAUUUAUGAUGACAGAGACAGCUACGAGAGCAAUUUGGAGAAAAGAUCAACAAGUAUGGAUGAAAACUUGUCAGAGGGUGUACCACCAGCUGACCCCUGGAGAGUAUUUUCAGGUAUUAAGGGGAAGAUUACAAAGACGUUUGAGGAAAAGCUUCAUGAAAUUAAAAGUGAGAGGAAAAAGUCCAAGCAAGACAGAAGCAGAGAUACGUCCAGUGUGAGUGAUUAUGAAGAUGUGAGCGACAUCACACCUACCGAAGAUAAUGGCUCCGAUAAACUGGAGAAAGAAUCUUCUCCUGUACUUAGAAAGAGGACAAACUCGUCGAGGUUCAGUGGAUUUUCUUACAUAAAGACUGGUCUCAAGGCAAAAGCAGAAGAGAGCGUAGAAGAUGGUGUGGAAGCAGCAGAACUGACGAAUGAGUGCCAAAGCAAAGAAGAUGUUUCAAGUUUUUUAAGUAAUACUAUUAUUGAAGGAGAUGCUACGGUUAGUGAUAAAAGUACGUCGUCGACGGGUUUUAAAAAGAAUAUAAAGUCCUAUUUGCCAGAAAUUCUCAAGUCUACAAGUUUGGGUUUGACAGAGUCGGAAUGCUUGUUUAUUCAAAUAAAAAAUAAUAUAUACUACGAGGCGUUGAUGUUAACAGUUGUGCUCUGUUGUUGCUAUUACAUUCCACUGUCUAAAUACUUCAUAGGAGUAUGGGUUGGCAUUUUUGCAUCUUUUAUGGCCCAAAAAAUUUAUAAUAAUAUUUGUAAGCUGCUGACGAUUCCAGAAAAAUCUGUAGUACCUGUGUUAGAGAUCUUGCCUGUUGAGGAACACGCAGCUCUGGAAAAGUUCGAGGGAUGGCUCAAUGAACUGCCCUACAAUUACAAGCCAGAUAAUUAUCAUGUGGCACGCACAAAUCCUGUAUUUUUUGUACUCGAAGGAGAGGUCCUUCAGGUUUUUGAAACCAGGACUAGGGUUCCCAAAAGAGCUGUUUGGAACGAGCCUAAGUUGAAGCCAAAGUUCACCAAGAGAAGGGUGUACUGUUUGGCAGGAGCCAAAGUUGAAUUGCUUCCAUCCGGUCUUAUUAGGCGCAGGCGAUGGAGCAAGAAGUAUCCAAUAUGUGUUACAUUCGAAAAAGAUUGCAUGAAAGAGAAUGCCGUGGUAGAAAAUUCAUCUGAUGACGAGCCUCAGCCGUUAGAUGGUGAAAAUGAUAAAAUAAUUAUAGAGGAGGAAGAGACUGAUGAAGAUGUGUCUCAGUCCAAAGAUGCGAGAGACAUAUUCGAAGACUGUCAAGACGACAACGAAGAGGCUCAAUUAAAAUUGUAUAUUUUUGCUAGGACAGAUCGACAAAAAGAAGAUUGGUUCAGACGUUUAGUAUCAGCCUCAGAAUUCAGUAGCAAAAGAAGUUCGAUUUGUUCGACCAAAGACGUGGCGACGCCAGGAAGCACGCAAGUUCAAAUUGGCAAUGAAUUGUCUAAGCCAUCAACACCGUCCAGUGCUGCAUCCGAUAUGCCAUCUUUUUUGUCGUACCAGGCUUACAUAAGUCGUUACACAGAGCUUCAAGCUCUAGCAUCAGACGUGGAAUCGGAAGCGCCAAGCCCAGCACCUGGUGCAUGUCCUGAGGGUCUCUGGUUGAACGCACUCCUCGGCCGGAUGCUCUUCGACAUGCACAAAUGCCCGGAGACCAUAAACGUCAUCCAAGACAAAAUACAACGCAAGCUCUCCAACAUAAAACUCCCGUAUUUCAUGGAGAGCCUUCUUGUUUCGGAGUUGGUGAUCGGCCAGGGUGCUCCAGUCAUCCACGGCUCAACGAAACCAGUGAUGGACGAUCGGGGGCUUUGGUUCGACCUAGACAUAGCUUACGAGGGCAGCUUGACCAUGACCAUCGAGACCAAAUUGAACCUGAUGAAGCUCAAGCGGGCCAACUCGUCACCUUCGAAUUCCAACUCGUACUCCGGCGACAUUGUGGGAAUCGAAAAGGCCGCCCGGCCUCCCAGGUCCCCGAUGUUCGACAGCGACGUAGAAGAUAGUCCAGAAACCUCGACGGAAGACGAAGACAGUGUAUCUCUAUCGACUACGGCCUCGACCAAGGAUAUCACUCCCACUCAGUCGUCCGGAAAAAAGUUUCUCAAUAUGGUCGAUAAGUUGGCGUCCAACAAGUACUUUCAGCACGCUACAGAAAUAUCUUGUGUAAAGAGGGCGAUGGAAGGUGUUUCAAAUACGGAAAUUCGACUGAUGGUUAGUGUUUCCAGUAUAGAAGGCUGCUUGUCCGUGAAUAUUCCACCACCACCGUCUGAUAGAUUAUGGUAUGGUUUCAAGCCCGUCCCGAAAAUCAAUUUGACCGCCAAGCCCGCGGUUGGAGAACGAUCCUUCAACAUCGUCUACGUCACCAAGUGGAUCGAAAAGAAGCUAUUGAAGGAAUUUGAAAAAAUAGUAGUGCUCCCGAAUAUGGACGAUCUCAUGAUACCUAUGUGUCCCAACUACCCGUACAGCUCGUAAAAGUAAACGAGAGAAAUAAAAUAAAAUCAUGUUAGCUGGCGGCAGAAGCUUUUUUGUUUGCUCACGCGAUCUUGAGAUAGAUUUACGAAAACAUAAAAACAAUAUUCAACAAAAAUAAUUGCCUCAGAGAGUAAUGUGAUCGUGAUAUAUUUUUUCUACAUUUCUUUUUUGUUAUUGUUCAUUCCCUCGACGGUAUUGACAAUCAUGUUUUGAGUGAUAUAUAUUUUCGAAAAAAAUUAUAUUUACACGUUAACGGUAUUAUAUUUUUAGUAUCCAUCAUUUUUAAUAAGUUUCUUCUUUUUUUUUUUUCCUUUUCAAAAGCAGCACGUCUUUGAAAUGUAAAUACAUUUAUCAUAUGUUUUUUUGCUAAUUAAUUUUUAUUCGUAGAUAUCGUUCCCUACAUUAGGCUGUGGAAAUGUGCAUAAAUAUUAUAAGUUCACUUUUUGUUACCCUAAAUAAGCAAGAUUUAGUUGCGAUUUAUGUUGCGGAGUUGGACCAAGUUUACGAGUGCCGUUUUUUUCAUGAUGUAGUUAUGGGUGACAGGUGAAAGGGCAUUUGUAACGAGUAGAUUUGGACACGUGUAUUUUUUGAUUUGGUUGAGUUAAGUACACACUUCGAACGACGAGGUUGUGGUUGUGAUUGUAUUUUAACUUGCUCCUGAUUUUUUUCAUAUCGUUGUGAAAUUAAUAAAUUUAUAAACUCUAUUAUUUUGUGACUGGAAAAAAACACACAGUGAAGUGUCGAUACAUGUGUAAAUAUAAAUAUUUAAGGUAAACUAAUUAAUGACAGGUACACACAACACACCCGCAUACUUAUAGUGAGACGAAAUUUCAAAAUACACGACAGUACACCAAAGUUUAGAGCCUAAGAUUAGUUGUUUUUUACUGACCUCUUGUCUAUUGUACUUCAGCUCAUUGUGCGCCUUUUUCCAUGCAUUUGUUAUGGAGAAAAUAAAUUAUAUAUUUGUUGAAAAAA